AUGACAUCUGCCAUUGGCAAGCAUGGUAACAUCCAGGCACUGGUAGCCGACUGCCAGGGACAACCUGGACCUAUUGGAAUUCAAGGACCACCAGGUCCUCAAGGAUUUGCUGGCCCUGGUGGUUUAUCAGGAUUGAAAGGAGAAAGGGGCUCCCCAGGUUCAUUGGGACCAUAUGGACCAAAAGGAGAUAAAGGUCCCAUGGGAGUUCCUGGCUUUCUUGGUACCAAUGGGAUUCCAGGCCACCCUGGACAGCCAGGACCCAGAGGCCCACCUGGUCUGGAUGGCUGUAAUGGAACUCAAGGACCAAUAGGAUUUCCGGGCCCUGAUGGCUACCCUGGGCUUCUUGGACCGCCUGGUAUUCCUGGACAGAAGGGCACAAAAGGUGAUGCAGUCGUUGCUCAAGGUUUUCUUAAAGGAAUGAAGGGGGAUCCUGGACUGCCAGGACUGGAUGGAAGUGCUGGUCCACAAGGAGCACCCGGAUCUCCAGGAACUGCAGGCCCUGUAGGACCCCCAGGAUUACAGGGUCCUCCCGGUCCCCCUGGUUACCCUGGCCCUGAUGGAAACAUGGGGUUAGGUUUCCAAGGCGAAAAAGGAGUCAAGGGUGAUGUAGGUCUCCCUGGACCUGCAGGACCACCACCAUCAACAGGGGAGCUAGAAUUUAUGGGAUUUCCAAAAGGACAAAAAGGCUCUAAGGGUGAACCAGGGCUUCCAGGUCUCCAAGGCUCAAGUGGUUCUCCAGGCCUACCGGGAUUUGAAACUCCUGGAGAAAGGGGAGAAAAGGGAAUUCCUGGUGUGCCAGGACCUCGGGGUCCUAUGGGCUCAGAAGGCCAGUGGGGCCCUCCUGGGAAUCAGGGCAGAAAGGGUGCACCAGGUUUCCCUGGGAUUCAUGGAUUGCCAGGAAUUAAGGGUAGCAAAGGUGCCAGUGGCCUUCCAGGCCCAAAUUUUGCCAUUGAUACAGAUGGUGCUGUGAUCUCAGGUUAUCCUGGAGACCCAGGUCUACCAGGCUUACCUGGAUUUAAAGGAGAGGAAGGCACCCGUGGCCCACCUGGCCCUUCUGGCAUCCCUGGUCUCCCAGCAAUUUCAACAGGUGCCACAGGCCUUCCAGGCCCUCAGGGUAUUCCAGGCCGGAAGGGAGACCAAGGGAACCCAGGUCAAACUACACUUGGAUCAACCGGACUCCCUGGGAGAAUUGGUUUACCAGGUAUACCAGGACUGCCAGGUCCACCUGGCCCAGCAUUAAAGGUUAUAUCACAAAAGAACACAGAACCAGGAUUCCCAGGCCUCCGGGGAGAACGAGGAUCCCCAGGAGCUCCAGGCCUUAAAGGAGCAAAAGGGGACGCAGGUCUUUGUUUUUGUGAUGGUGGUAUCUCUAACACCGGACCACCUGGAGAACCAGGCCUGCCUGGGUCACCAGGUCGUAUGGGUCUUCCUGGGAUCAAAGGGAUUCGUGGAGAUGCAGGCUCUGAGGGGACCCAAGGUCCAGCUGGGAAUCCUGGUUUGUUUGGACCUCCAGGUCCUACAGGCCCCAAAGGAGAGAAGGGGGAUCCCACCCUCAGUCCAAGAUCUGGGGUGCCAGGGGAACAGGGUGAUCAUGGCCCUCGGGGCCACCCAGGGGAGGCAGGAGUCCCAGGAAAGGAUGGAGCUCCAGGUUUACCAGGUCUGCCAGGUCCUCCGGGUGAUGCUGUACAAGGAUUUGCUGGAGAAAAAGGAUUCCCAGGAUUUCCUGGUAAUAAAGGUCAUCAUGGCCCACCUGGCUUUCCAGGAAUCGGGCUUCCAGGAUCUCCCGGACGUCGUGGGCUUCCUGGAGAUCGAGGAGUAGACGGGUUACCUGGACAACAAGGUCUUCCUGGGCUCCCUGGAAUUACGUUGCCUUGUAAUAUUACCGGAUCAUAUGGUCCAUCAGGGCUCCCCGGAACAUCUGGAGCACCAGGUCCAAAAGGACCCCGUGGCUACCCUGGUCCCCCAGGUCAGCCUGGUCAGCGGGGUGUUAAGGGAGAGCCUGGAAAUAGUGGAUUUGUUCAUCUUCCUGAACUGCCAGGAUUUCCUGGACCUCGUGGGGAGAAGGGCUUGCCUGGUUUUUCCGGGCUCCCUGGAAAAGAUGGCUUGCCCGGAAAGGCUGGGAAUCCAGGCUCAACAGGCCCCAAGGGAGCCCCUGGUGACAUCUUUGGUGCUGGAAAUGGUGCUCCAGGGGAUCAAGGCCUUCAGGGACUGCCAGGGGACAGAGGAUCUCCUGGAGACUCUGGCCUUCCAGGACCUAAGGGUUUGACUGGAAAACCUGGGCUGUUAGGUACCAAAGGAGAGAGAGGCAGUUCUGGCCCACAAGGACACAUGGGUCCAUCAGGCCCCCCAGGGCAUAGUGGUUUGCCUGGCAUAAAGGGAAAAUCUGGUCCUCCUGGAGAAAUAGGCUUACCUGGAAUAACAGGACAUGCUGGAAUGAAGGGCUCAAGAGGUGAGGCAGGUCACCCUGCAUCAACUGGAAAGAGAGGUUUGCCUGGACUCAAAGGCCUUCCUGGAUCCCCAGGGCUAAAAGGCUUCAUGGGAAAUUCAGGUUUACCAGGGAGCACAGGGCUACGAGGCCUCCCAGGCCCAAACGGAGAGAAGGGCUCCAGUGGACUGAUUGGUUUUCCAGGGAUACCGGGUCUCCCUGGUAUGACUGGUGCAAGUGGAUUAAAGGGAUCCCCAGGGUCAUCAGGUCAAACUGGGAUAUCUGGGCCUACAGGUAUCCCUGGAAAAAAAGGAGACAGAGGUGACCCAGGACCAGUUGGGACAUCCAGCCCGAGACCUCCAACACUUAGUGUUUGGUUUAAAGGAGAAAAAGGCUCCCAAGGCUCAGCUGGUUCAGAUGGAUUUCCUGGGCCCAGAGGUCACAAAGGACAGGCUGGCUAUCCGGGGUUACCAGGCCUCCCUGGAGCUACUGGAGAGCCUAAUAAUAUCAGAGGACUUACUGGAAGACCAGGACUUCCUGGUUCCCUGGGCCCACAGGGCUUGCCUGGCAUAAAGGGGAACACUGGGAUCACAGGCUUCCCGGGAAUGCCUGGAGAGAUGGGCACACAGGGUCUUGAUGGGGCCCCUGGGCUUCCAGGAAUUGCUGGUCUCCCUGGUUUGAAAGGAGACCUAGGCCAAACACUUGAAAUUCGUGGUAGCCCUGGACUGAAGGGACAACCUGGGGAUUCUGGACUUGAAGGUGUCAAAGGACACGAUGGUCCCGUUGGUGAUGUGGGUUUACCAGGAAGCAAAGGUGAAAAUGGAAAAGAUGGAAUCUCUGGAAACACUGGCCUGCCUGGCUCUCCAGGACUUCCUGGGAUUGCAGGACCAAGAGGACAUCAGGGAUUUCCAGGUUCUCCUGGUCGUCAAGGUGCAAUUGGACCCCUCGGACACCCUGGCCUAGUAGGACCUAAAGGCCUCCCUGGAUACCCCGGCUUAAAUGGCUUAAAUGGACUUCCAGGGACCAAAGGUGCCCGUGGUACUACAGGAUCAAGUAUAACUGGUGUGCCUGGACCUGCCGGACUGCCUGGACCCAAAGGAGAGCAAGGUCCUCCAGGCACUGGUAUUGGAGAACCAGGAAAAUCAGGAGUGAGGGGACCAAAAGGUGGCCGAGGUUUCCCUGGUCUCCAAGGCCCUGCUGGCCUCCCCGGUGCCCCAGGCAUCUCCUUGCCCUCAGCCAUAGCAGGACAGCCUGGUGACCCCGGGCGACCAGGCCUAGAUGGAGAACGAGGCCGCCCAGGGCCUCCUGGACCCCCAGGUCCCACUGGGCCAUCCUCAGAUCAAGGUGACUCUGGAGCCCCUGGCUUCCCUGGAAUUCCUGGUCCUCAAGGGCUUAAGGGAGAUCAAGGAAUCCCAGGCUUCUCUGGCCUGCCUGGAGAGCUAGGAAUGAAAGGCAUGAGAGGUGAGCCUGGCUUCAUGGGGACUCCAGGCAAGGUUGGGCCACAUGGAGACCCAGGACUUCCCGGGAUGAAAGGAAAGGCAGGGCCAAGAGGGUUUUCUGGCCCCCGAGGUGUUCCUGGACAAACACCAGUCACAGAAGCCAUCCAGGCUCCUUCGGGACCUCUGGGUCUCCCAGGCAUUGAUGGCAUCCCUGGCCUUGUGGGGGACCCUGGGGUUCAAGGCCCUGUAGGACAACAAGGUUCAAAAGGUUUACCUGGCAUCUCUGGCAAAGACGGUCCCAGCGGGCUCCCAGGCCCACCUGGAAUUCCUGGCGAUCCUGGUGUCCCUGGACUGCAAGGUCCUCCCGGAUUUGAAGGAGCUCCAGGGAAGCAGGGCCCCUUUGGGAGGCCUGGGAUGCCUGGCCAGAGCGUGAAUGUGGGCUACACCUUGGUGAAGCACAGCCAAUCAGAGCAAGUGCCCCUGUGCCCCAUCGGGAUGAAACAGCUAUGGGUGGGUUACAGCUUGCUGUUUGUGGAGGGGCAGGAGAAAGCCCACAACCAGGACCUGGGGUUUGCUGGCUCCUGCCUGCCCCGUUUCAGCACCAUGCCCUUCAUCUACUGCAAUAUCAAUGAGGUGUGCCAUUAUGCCAGACGCAAUGACAAGUCCUACUGGCUCUCUACUACCGCUCCUAUUCCCAUGAUGCCUGUUGCCCAGGGCCAGAUUCCCCAGUACAUCAGCCGCUGCUCAGUGUGUGAGGCGCCUUCACAAGCCAUUGCCGUGCAUAGCCAGGACAUCACCAUUCCGCAGUGUCCACUGGGCUGGCGGAGCCUCUGGAUCGGAUAUUCUUUCCUCAUGCACACUGCCGCCGGGGCGGAGGGCGGAGGCCAGUCCCUGGUCUCACCUGGCUCUUGCCUAGAGGACUUUCGGGCCACUCCUUUCAUCGAGUGCAGUGGUGCCCGGGGCACCUGUCACUACUUUGCCAACAAGUACAGCUUCUGGCUGUCGACAGUGGAGAAGAGGCAGCACUUUGGGGCGGAGCCGGUGUCUGAGACACUGAAAGCCGGCCAGCUCCAUACUCGGGUCAGCCGCUGUCAGGUGUGUAUGAAAAGUCUGUAAGGUGGCACCUGCCGCCCUGCACCCUGUCCUCCCCUCUGCUUCACACCUCCCAAACCAGAAUGGUC